GCUCGAAGAAAUCUAGAAAGAUCGCGACAUGCGAGGACUGUACCAACACCUCAAGAGAUCAGUGGGCCUCAGCGGGAGAAAAGCGGGGGGACAGCAGUUCGUCGCGGAUGAGAACGGCGUACUGCUCCGGAACAGGGACGACAUCCUCCAGCGGUGGGCGAAAUUCUUCAGCACCCUACUCGACACCAAAUCCCCCACCCUGAACCCAGACAUCAUCGAACGAGUGACGCAGCGGCCAGCGACACGUGACACUCAACGGUUGGGAGAUGUGCCAGAACUCGAGGAGGUGGCACGGGCAACGAAAGGCCUCAAGAACUGGAAGGCACCCGGCCAUGACUCCCUCCCUGCCGAGUUGCUCAAGAUCGAUGACGACGAACCCUUCGUCCUGGGACACCUCCAUACCAUCCUUGUCAAGGUGUGGAACGGAGGAGAUAUUCCGCGAGAGUGGAAGGAUGCAACCAUCAAGGUGCUGUACAAGCAGGGUGACCGGUCCAACUGUAACAACUACAGGGGGAUUUCGCUACUAUCUCACGUAGGCAAGGUCCCCAUCAAGAUCAUCACCAACCGUCUAAGCGCCUUCUGCGAAGCCAACAACAUCCUCCCGGAGGAACAGUGCGGAUGUCGACCCGGGCGAUCCACCGUCGACAUGCUGUUCGUCGUGCGCCGCCUCCAGGAGCUGGGGCGGAGAAAGAAAAUACCGCUCUACAUGUGCUUCGUCGACUUGAACAAGGCGUAUGAUUCGGUGGACCGAGAGAUGGUAUGGAAGGUGCUGGCCAGGGCCGGGAUUCCCGCGAAGCUGAUCGAAGUCAUCCGCCAAUUCCACGAUGGAAUGCGGGCCCGGGCGGGCAUGGACGACGGAGAACUAUCGGACUGGUUCUUCGUGACACAGGGCGCGGGACAAGGAUGUGUGCUAUCCCCACUGCUGUUCAACAUCUUCUUCGCCGAGGUCCUCGAGGUCGUUGUCAUCCGAUUCAGCGAGGAUGAUGUUGUUCUGCGGAGCCUGGUGUGCUUGGAGGAGGGGAAGACGGAAGCGGGGGGGGGGGAGGAGACACCCCUUGACCGAGUACGGAGGGCAGUAUGGGGGAUGUCGUAUGCCGAUGAUGCCGGCGUCGUAUCGAGGUCUGCAGAAGGACUGGCGAGAAUGAUGACCAUCAUCGUUGAGGUGUUCGGGGAGUUCGGGCUAACGGUGUCGGAGAAGAAGACGGAGACGCUCCUGAUGCGCGCAAAGGACAAGCCGACUACAAUAUCACAGACCGCCCCGCCUCCACCACUGACCAUCAAAGCCGCGGGACAAAAAUACGCCCAGACGACCGAGUUCCGGUACCUCGGGGGCCUCGUCAACGAACAUGGCGACCUCACCCGGGAGAUCAACUACAGGAGCAGAGGAGCGUGGGCGUGCCUCAGGCGAUAUGGCCGGGAGCUCUUCGACAGACCGCAAGCGCCAUCCCGACUCAAGAUCCGCCUGCUCCAGGCGGAGGCGAUGGAGGCACUGCUGUACGGCUGCAUGACAUGGUCACCACUCAGCCGCCACUAUCAGACGCUGCGGUCGAUACACCACCGACUGCUCCUUCGAGUUAUCGGGUACAAGCGCAAGAAAGACACCUACCGGCAGCUCUCUUACGCCCAGACGCUGAAGAGGUUCGAAUGCCAGAGCGUUGAAGCCACGAUCCGACAACGACGCCUACUGUUCGCGGGAGCAUUGGCAAGGCAGCCGGACGGGCGACUCCCGAAACGACUGAUGUUCGGCGAACUGGCAGGGGGAGAGAAGCGACGUAGAGGGGGACAGGAACAAAACUGGCCGAAGUGUGUGCUCGACGACCUGAAUGCAUUCGGGGCCGACCACGGAUCUACGAAAACCGAUCCAUGUUGUCUCGGAAUCCCGGAAACGAAAGACACGGCACCGAAGUUACAGUGGACGGAAGCCGCGAAAGUGGAGGGGGGAGUACCCUGGCAUGCGGCGGUGCUGCAGGGAGCUGAGAGGUUCAUGACCUCCUGGCACGAGAAGGAAGAAGAGGCCAGCCGACAACGGGCGCUCAAACGAAACCACAAGCCACCAACCCAAGGGUGGGGCGGUAUGGGGGCAGGAGACGGACGAGACGGCGAGGGAAGAAAGCAAACGAGAAGAGACGGACCGAGUGGCGCGAUACGCGCCGAGUUGAAUUUCUUUUUGCCAAUUCCCCCCCCCCCAACGCUGCACCAUUA